AUGAUUUCUAGGGAGCAAAAGAGAGCUGCCAUGUUCAAGAAGCUGCAACUCCUUCGUUCUAUCACCAACUCCCAUGCACACAGCAAAACCUCAAUUCUAUUGGAUGCAUCAAAGUACAUAGAAGAACUGAAGCAAAAGGUCGAAAGACUGAAUCAAGAAGUUGCCACGGCACAAAACUCCAGUGAUGAACAAAUUCCAAUGCCUGUGGUUAGAGUGGAAGCUAAAGAAAAGGGUUUUCUGAUUAAUGUACUCACAGAGAGUAGCUGCCCAGGUCUGCUUGUUUUCAUAUUAGAAGCCUUUGAGGAACUAGGCCUUGAAGUGCUCCAGGCUAGGGUUUCUUGUUCAAGCAGUUUCCAUCUAGAAGCAGUUGGAGGAGAAGAAAAUACUCAAGGACAAGUUGAACAUGUAGAUGCUCAGGUCGUGAAACAAGCAGUUUUACGAGCUAUCGAGAACUGGAACGAAAGCAGCGAGCAAGAAUGAUCAAACUGAUCCUUUAGCUUGAAUUGGUUCCUUUCUUGCUUUCUUUCCUUUUUUUUUUUUCUUUUUUUUUCUUUUUUCUUUUCUUUUUUCCCUAGAUUUUCCUUUCCUUUUGCCAUUUUGUAGUUGGGUUGAUAAAGUUGUCUAGAGAAGGAAAAUUUUACUAUUAUACAUAUAUCUAUUUUACAUGUGAA